AUGGCGUCGGGCAGAAGCACCAGGAUGGGCCUGCGGUCCCCGGCUCUGGAGCUGGCCUCCACCGAGAAGAGGCCGCCGGGCAUCGGCGUCUCCACCAGCCAGUCCCUGGAGCUCUGCUCCUACCCGGUGACCCUGGGCUGCCAGGUGGCCACCAAUGCGCUGGAGCAGCUCUUUGGUGUGGAAAAAAUGCUGCAAGAUGACUAUUUUAAAUGCAAUGAAGAAGCUAAGGCCUUUCUUAAGGAUGUUGCUGUAGCCGUUAAGAAAUUGGAACAAAUGAGAAAAGACACCAUUGACCUUUUGGAAAUAGAAAGCAUGGAACUUAGCAGACUGUAUUUUCUAUUGAGAACGGUUCCCGGUCAAUUUUACAUAGAAUUGGAAGAGUGUGUCAGAGAUGCUCGAAGCUUAAAUCUUUUUGAGAUAAGUGGAUUAAAAAAGAAAAGUUUUCAUUUGGAUUGUGAAGAAAGGUUUCUGAGGAAAAAAAUAAAUGAACUUCAAGAAGUAAAUGAAAAUCUGGGUGAAAGGCAAGAAAAUCUAGCAAAUGAACACCAACAGAUAGUUGUGGAAAUCAACUCUCUGAUGGAAGAAAAAGCCAUGAUGACUGUUUCCAUUAAUGAUAUUUUUGUUAAAAUAAACUCAGCAAAAGAAUUACUAGAGUCACAAAAACGAUGUUAUAAAAAUGUUACUGAUGAAUUAGAAGAAGAAAAAAACAAAAUUUUGCAAAAGAAAAAAAUAUUGACUGAUGAGAUUAAUGAAAUGAAAAAACUCCACGAGAAAAAGAAAGAGGAAAGUUAUCAACUGAAAAGAAAAUUUCAAAGAUUAACACGCAAAAUGUCAGAAGUAAAAGAUAUGGAUAAUGCCUUCAAAGUGAGUCUACAACGUUACCCAGAAUGCGGUGGAAUUGUUGUAAAUAAACAAGUCAAAGGCAAGAUUCUUGCCCAAAAAAUCAAUGUUAGAAUUGAGCAUAUUAAGCACUCUCAAAGUCUAGACAGCUUCCUGAAGCGGGUGAAGGAAAAUGAUCAAAAAAACGAGGAAGCCAAAGAGGAAAGGACCCAAUUGGGUUCAGUUGCAGUACCUGCAAAGAAGCACACUUUAAAUGAAAAGCUCUUAAUAUUUAUAACUGAGAAAGAAAACUUCCUCAUAAAAAGGAAAGUUGACAUAAAAAAUAUAGAAGACGGAAUCAUCACGCUCAAUGAACUUUUAACAGCCACAACAGAUUUAUACCGAAAAGAAAUAAGAGACCUGUGUGAAAAACUGCAAAAGGAAUAUCAGAGACGAUAUUUCAUUAAGUGGAGAAUAUUUAGUACUCAAAAGAAAGUUGCAGUUUGGCUAGCACAGCAAAGAAUGGAGCUAGAAAGUCUAGUAAAUGAAAUUUAUUUAUUACAUGAAGUUCAAAAUAAUUUACAAGUACAGAUCAAAGUUAGAGACAAAGAGAUCAGUGACUUUUUGGUAACUAUUGAAGAAAUUACAAUGAAGUUAAUAGAAGAUGAAAAAAACUAUGUUUCUGAGGAAAGUAUGUUAACUGAAGAGUUAGCAAAAUUUCAGAAAAUAUAUGUUGAGGAAAAGCGCAGUGCUAGAACAUUUGAAGCCAUACUACAGGAUUGCCUCCCAUGUCUCCAAGAGGUGGAAAUGGAGUUUAUGGAUAAAUACAAAUUACACGAAGAGCUUGAAGUCGCUCUUGCAGAACGACAGCAGGAAUAUUGCAUACUGAGAAGUUAUAUUAGUCAAUCUGAAAAAGAAUAUUCCAGAGUUUCAAGCAAUAUGGAAACAGUGAAGCAAGAAUUGCAUUUAUUAAGAGAUCAAGAGCUUCAUAAGAUCAGAACUCAUUUUGAAAUUAUAAAGCACUUAGAAAAUGAAAUCUUUGUAAAUGAUAUUAAGACAGAUGCUUUGCUCCUGGAAAACGAAAACUUAAAACAAUAUAUUGAUUAUAUAAAGCGUAUAAUAGAGCAAUACAAAAACAAAAGAGAACAACUCGUAGAAACCACAAGAGAACAAUCGAAGGAACUGGAAGUUCAGCAAGCAUAUUAUUUGGAGUUGUGGAAUGAAUAUCAGUUCACAGUUAAGGAACUGAUCAAAGAAGGUGAUGAGGUCUUGGAAGAAAUAAAAAGCCUGACCAAAAAGGUGAUGGUUAGAGAUGAAAAAAUUGCUAUUAUUAAUAAAACGCUACAACAGACUCUUGAUGACUUGCGUGCUAUUAUGGAAAUGGAAGUGAAAGAGAAACAUUUGGACCUGGACACCGAACUUUGGGUUCUGUUUUUGACAGUAGCCUCUGGUGGGAGGGAGCACUGUGAUCUCCUGACCACACUGGGACACUCUUUCACUUCUCCACCUGCAAUCAAAGGCUGCUACUUCAAAAUGGAACAGUAA